AUGGCCUCAAAACAUGUUGGACAUGCAAUAGGGAUCGAUCUUGGUACAAAGUACUCGUGUGUUGCUGUAUGGGAUGAUAAAAAUGGUGGUGCCAAGAUCAUUCACAAUGAACAAGGCAACAGAACCACACCUUCUUGUGUUGCUUUCACUGACUCACACAGAUUGGUUGGUGAUGCUGCCAAAAAUCAGGCACCAUUCAACCCAAAAAACACUAUCUUUGAUGCUAAGAGAUUGAUUGGUAGGAAACUCAGUGAUUCCAUUAUUCAAGCUGAUUUGAAUCUCUGGCCAUUCAAAGUUGUAGCUGGUGUUAAUGACAAGCCCAUGAUUUCUGUUGAAUACAAAGGUGAAGAAAAGCUUCUUGCUGCUGAAGAAAUCUCAUCUAUGAUCCUAACAAAGAUGAAGGAAAUUGCAGAGGCUUUUCUUGAAUCACCUGUGAAGAAUGCUGUUAUUACUGUCCCUGCUUAUUUCAAUGACUCUCAGCGAAAAGCUACCCAAGAUGCCGGCGCCAUUGCCGGCCUCAAUAUCAUGAAGAUCAUCAAUGAACCUACUGCUGCAGCUCUUGCCUAUGGCCUUCAGAAGAGAGGAAACUGUUCCGAAGAACGCAAUGUUUUUGUCUUUGAUCUUGGUGGUGGUACUUUUGAUGUGUCUCUUGUUACCAUUAAGGAUGAUGUCUAUGAAGUUAAGGCUACUGCCGGAGACACUCAUCUCGGAGGGGAAGAUUUUGAUAACAGAAUGAUAGAUUUCUUUGUGAAAGACUUCAACAAGAAGAACAAAGUUGACAUUAGUGAGAAUCCAAGGUCUCUUAGGAGGUUAAGAACUGCAUGUGAGAGGGCUAAAAUGAAUCUUUCAUUUGUUAAAGAAACAACAAUUGAGGUUGAUUCUUUGUUCCAAGGCAUUGAUUUUUGUUCAUUGAUGACUCGUUCAAAGUUUGAGGAACUCAACAAGGACCUAUUUGUGAAGUGUAUGGACACUGUUGAGAAGUGUCUUGCUGAUGCUAAAGUAGACAAGAACAGUGUUCAUGAUGUUGUUCUUGUUGGUGGAUCUUCAAGGAUUCCUAAACUGCAGAAUCUUGUGCAAGAGUUCUUUCUAGGAAAAGAUCUUUGCAAGAGCAUUAACCCGGAUGAAGCAGUUGCUUAUGGUGCUGCGGUUCAAGCUGCUUUAUUGGCUGAAAACUUAAGCAUUGCACCGGAUUUGGUUCUGUUAGAUGUUACUCCUCUGUCUCUAGGGAUUUCUAUAAAAGGAGACAUAAUGUGUGUAUUGAUUCCAAGAAAUUCUAUGAUUCCUACUAAGCAUGAAAAACUCUUUGGGACUUUCGAAGACAACCAAUCCGCGGCGAAGAUAGCUGUUUAUGAAGGGGAGAGAACAAGGGCUAGUGACAACAACUUGCUGGGAUUGUUUUGUUUAUCUGAUCUUAAUCCUUCUCCGCGACGCCACCCUAUAAAAGUGUGCUUUGAUUUGGAUGAGAAUGGUGUUCUAAAAGUGUAUGCUGAGGAAUCAAAGACAGGGAAGAAGAAAGAGAUUACUAUAGUGAAUGAGAAAGGGAGACUUACAGCACAAGAAAUCAAGAGAAUGAUUCAAGAAGCUGAGAUGUAUAAGGAUGAUGAUGACAAGUUUAAGGAAAAGGUUGAGGCUAAGAUUGCUUUGGAGGAAUAUGUGUACAAGAUGAGUGCUUUUAUGGAAGAUGCUAAGGUUAGUUCCAAGAUUAAAUCAUCACAGAAGAAGAAUAUAGAGGCUGCAAUUGGAGAGGGUAGAGAGCUUCUUGAUGGUAACCAGCAGAAGGUUGAAACGGCUGAUUUUGAGAACUGUCUUCAUAAGCUUAGGAGCAUUUUUGAUCCAAUAAUAGUGUGA